CUUGAAGCAGCUGCGCGACUAGGGUCGCAUGAAUUAGUGCAGCAAUGCCACAGCGAUUUCCCGGACAUCGAGGUGAGGAGACAACAUCAAGCAGAUGUCGAAUUAGAGUUCUGUCCUUGGCAGAACAUCUUCCUGAAGGAGGAUUUCGAUCGAAUUGACGAAGACAUCAGGCACGCACAGUGGAGCAGGGACAAGAGGAGAAAAGAACGCGCUGCGUUGGUGUCGAGAGGUGGUGGUGGUGGUGGUGGUGGGAGUAGAAGAAGUGGAAGCUUGAUGACCAGUGCAUGUGCAACUACUGCUAGUACGCGAAUAAACGAGAAGAUCAUGAGAAACGCGGACUCCAAGAACAACUCCAAUUCUGCUGAAAAGGUCGAUUCAUCCGAGCUAUCGUGUUCCGCAGAUACUUCUAAGAAAAUGGAGCAGGACGAUCCUGUCAUCCGUACUCGUCGUCUCGCACGCAAAUUGUUUCGCCAAAAUUGGGUAGAACGUGGAAGACCCUUAUUGAAUAAGAAGAAUGUUGCGACUACGAAAACGAAAGAGCAGUCGCAAGCAUUAUUCAUGAAGAAUGAACCACCUACGGCUACGAAAGAGUCUUCUCAAGCAAGAACUGCAGAUGAAAAUGUUGUUGAACGGGAAAGAGCUAUACUAGCUUCGUCAGAUGAUCUUGUUCGACAGGAAGGGAAAGAUCAGGAAGACGAGAUUGUAGAUGCCACAGCUAGAAUGAAGCUCCUCACCGAUGAGAUAGAGGGAUUGCCACCAGGAGCGCUUAGGGUACAAGCUGUGUCAGGGCUACUGCAUGGUUGUGGUCGUGUUGAUGGAAAGUUCAGGCGUACUGUUUCGGCAGAUGGAUGUGAUGAAAGCGAAAUCGCAAUACAACCAGAACAAUUAGAAGAACACGAAAUAGAGAAUAGACGAGACGAGGAAGAUGGAAGACAUGUUGCUGGUAGAGGUGUACUGGUUCUUCCAGAACGAGAAGAUCUAGUAGAUGCUGUUGAAGAUACAACUAUCGACCCUGAUCGUAAUAGGAUUGAAGAUCAUGAGGAUCAGCAGAUGACAGGUGAAGAAGCAGUAGAAGAUGUCCUACGGCAGUUUGACAGAGGACCCGUAGACCAAGCUGAAGAUACUGUCGCGAAUCACGCUGACUUGUUUCGAAUACAGGAGUUGAAUCGUAGAUUCUUGCAACUUCCAUAUAGAAAUAGGAGAGAAGUUAUGUCACAUCGCGAAAGAAACAGGGAGAGGGACAGACAACCGCAGAACGACGACAGGGACAGAAAUAUCAGACGACUACAACUGCAACCAGACAACAGAGGCAGAGACGGACAACAACCAGCACACGACCACCAAUAUCGUCGCCAACAAGAUGGAACACUUCAGUACGGUUUGGAGCAGUAUUUAGUUCGUUUCUUGGCCGACGAAGAACGAUCUAAAAGACGAAACCACGAUCAGGGCACAACUAUUGCUGCUUUGCUGGCCACAGGUUAUGAUGUAAGUAGGCGUAUUGUCACUGCCAUCAACAUCAUCACUUUGAAGAUUCUUUGAUUUUGAAACAGCGUUUUGCAUUUUACUGAUUAGUAAGAAUAGAUCUACUGUUGAUAUUGAUGUUACUCAUGCUGUAGCGAUUUUUUCUAUGUAUCUAAUACCCGAGCGCGCCGCGAAUUCCAUUUCAGAGAGCACGGCUGCUAAGGUUCGAACCAGAUGGCCUGACUCUUCCGAAAUUUAGAGCUGAAGCGAUUCUGAUGCAUGCGGAAGCCAGAGAAGGUUGGCCAUUACGUACUACAUAGCUUAGUAAUCGACCCCUUGCUUUUCCCCAUCACUGAACUGUUUGAGAAUAUCCCCCUGUUAUUACAACUAAAUUCAUUGGUUCCUCAGCAAUGAUGAAAGUAACUGGUUUUGAAAUACUCAAUCCAUCGUAACUUGAAGGUGCCUAUAGUGUAUAGUUACCAUAAACCGCUUUUUCUUGCGAAUUUCCAUUCUGGAUCGGCUCCUUUUCAAUUUGUACUACAGUUGCCAUAUUCUUUAGAAAUUGCCGACAUGUAGUUCAGGCUAUUGCCAAGUAGUUGAUGUUUUGUCAUCUUCGUCCAUCAAAAUCUGAUUUUCUAUCAUUAUACCAGAGAAUACUAGGAUAGGCUAAGGGAGAAUAAGCAUGAGGCACUGUUGUUGUAUGUAAUGUUUUUUUUCUAGCGAGACUAGGCAGACUUACAUCUUCAGUUGUAGCCAGAUUAUGUAAUAUUUCAUUUCAUCAAAGAAGGAACAAAGUGAAAUAUUUUAGUUGUGGGACGAGAAACGUAAUUUAGAUAUUUAUGGAUAUGCCACACUGACAGCGAAACGAAUCGAAUUUCAGCGUGGUGUGUAGAAGUUUGGAAGAGAGAGC